CUUUCAUUCUGUUUUGGAUUCUUGCGCUGUGCGGUUCGUUGCGGCUGCUACGUUGUUUUGUCGCCAAUUCGCUUUGUGGCUCUUAUGUCGUGCACAUCGUUCGGUCGUGUCGCGCGUCGCUUUGAAAUUUUUGUAGCCCACAUCACGAGCAGCAAAUGCAAAACGCACAAAUUUCAAUCAAGUGUGCAACCAAAAAUUUGAAUACGAAUUAAAGCAUGUUCAGUGUGUAAUAAGAAGCAGAAGAAUCAGAAGAAGAAGAAGAAUACGAAUAAGUAGAAGUAGCAGAGGUGCCAAUUCUGAAAUAUUUCGCGUCAAUAUAUUACAAAGAGUGCAUGAACAAAUCGAAAAGAGUUUUUCAAAUGGUUUUUAAAAAAGCAUCAUCAACCUAAGGCAAAUACAAUUUGUUGUUUUGCAUCUGUUUACGUACGUGUGUGUGUGUGUGUGUCUGUGUCCAUAUACAUAGCUCGAUUGUGUGCGAUUUUUAUAUAGCCAAUUUACUAACGGCACUUUGCCCUCCCCAUCUCGCCCCCGCCGUGCGUGAGAAGGAGCAGGCCGAAGAAAAUUCGCCAAAAAGCAAAAGCCGUCGAAUUCUUGUCUCACAACAGAGAAGCUAACACAAAAAGCAAGAAAAAAUGUGGCGCGUGCACGUGUGAGACAAAUUACAAAAAAAAAAAAAAAAAAAAAAAAAAGAAACACAAAAACAACAAAAUGCACACAAAAGCAACAGAAAAUUGCCAAAGCAUGUGCCGCAGUUAGCUGCAAAAGAGAAUUGCCAAAAAUACAAUAAACUAAUAUUUUUUAUGUUGUAAUCGAGUGUGUGCGUGUGAGUGAAGCAGCAACAACAACAAGGCCGCCCCACUAAGGAUUAUUACACUAAUAAUAACACACACAACACAACAACCACAGCAACAACAGCAACAGCAAGAAAGCUUAGCAACAACAACAACAGCAAUAAACAUGCAGUGGAUUAAAUGUUUAUUAACCGCAUUCAUUUGCUUCACAGUAAUUGUGCAGGUUCACAGUUCCGGCAAUUUUGAAUUGCGCCUCAGAUACUUCAGCAAUGAGCAUGGCCGGGACAGCGAGGGCCAUUGCUGCACCGGCGAAAAGGAUGCGACGACGGGCAGGUGCAUUGGCACCUGCAAGACGAGAUUUCGUGUCUGCCUGAAGCAUUACCAGGCGACCAUAGACACCACCUCGCAGUGCACGUACGGGGAUGUGGUGACCCCCAUACUCGGCGAGAACUCCUUCAAUCUAACGGAUGCGCAGAGCUUUCAGAGCAGGGGCUUCACGAAUCCCAUACAGUUCGCCUUCAACUUUGCCUGGCCGGGCACAUUCACGCUGAUCGUCGAGGCCUGGCACGAUACGAACAACAGCGCCAAUGCGCGCACCAACAAUCUGCUCAUACAACGCCUCUCCGUGCAGCAAGUGCUCGAGGUCUCAUCCGAAUGGAAGACGAACAAAUCCGAGUCCCAAUACACGUCGCUCGAAUACGAUUUUCGUGUCACCUGCGAUGCGCAUUACUAUGGCACCGGCUGUGCGAAUCUCUGUCGACCCCGAGACGAUCAAUUCGGUCACUACACAUGCUCCGAAUCGGGUGAAAUAAUCUGCCUGACGGGUUGGCAGGGCGACUACUGCGAGAAACCCAAAUGCGCCAAAGGCUGUCUCCAUGGUCAGUGCGAUAAGCCCAAUCAAUGCAUCUGCCAGAAGGGCUGGCGAGGACCUCUGUGCGAUGAGUGCGCUCCGUACCCGAGCUGCGUGCACGGCACGUGCAACAAGCCAUGGGAUUGCAUCUGCAACGAGGGCUGGGGCGGUCUGUUCUGCAACCAGGACCUGAACUACUGCACGAACCAUCGACCCUGCCUGAAUGGCGGCACCUGCUUCAACACCGGCCAGGGCCUGUACACGUGCAUGUGUGCGCCGGGCUAUAGCGGCAACGAUUGCCAGACGGAGAUCAACUCGUGCGAUGCCGACGUGAAUCCCUGCCAGAAUGGCGGCACCUGCGUGGACGAGGCGACGCAGCGCGGCUACAAGUGUCUGUGCCCCAAGGGCUGGAACGGACGCAUGUGCGAGGAGAAGCUGCUGACCUGCGCCGACAAGCCGUGCCACCAGGGCAGAUGCCGCAACACGAGCAGCAACAGCAAGCAGGGGUUUCAGUGCGACUGCCCCAGCGGCUAUAGCGGCAACACCUGCGAGCUGCACCUAGACAACUGCAAUCCGAAUCCCUGCCAGAACGGCGCCAGCUGCCAGCCAAACGGCAAAUGCAUCUGCCCCGACGGCUACACGGGCGCCAAGUGCGAGCAGAACAUCGAUGACUGUGUGGGGCACAAGUGCCAGAAUGGCGGCACCUGCAUCGACAUGCUCAACCAGUAUCGCUGCCAGUGCGUGCCCGGCUUCCAUGGGCCGCGCUGCAGCAGCCGCGUCGAUCUUUGCCUGACCAAGCCGUGCGCCAACGGCGGCAGCUGCACCAAUCUGAACAACGACUAUCAGUGCGCGUGUCGUGCGGGCUUCACCGGCAAGGACUGCUCCAUCGAUAUCGACGAGUGCGGCAGCCUGCCCUGCCACAACGGCGGCACCUGCAUGAAUCGCGUCAACAGCUUCGAGUGCGUCUGCGCCAACGGCUUUCGCGGCAAGCAGUGUGACGAGGAGUCCUACGACUCGGUCAGCUUCGAUGCCCAUCAAUAUGGCGCCACAACACAGGCGCGCGCCGAUGGCCUCACCAAUGCCCAGGUCGUGCUCAUCGCCAUCUUCUCCGUGGCCAUGCCGCUUGUCGCUGUGAUCGCCGCCUGCGUGGUCUUCUGCAUGAAACGCAAGCGCAAGCGCGCCCAGGAGAAGGACGACGCCGAGGCGCGCAAACAGAACGAACAGAACGCGGUCGCCACGCUUCAUCACAAUGGCAGCGGCGUCGGCGUGGGCGUCGGCGUCGGCGGCCUGCCCGCCGGCACGCUGGGCGUGAAGCGCGGCAGCAGCGGCGGCCUGACCUUCGACAACAGCAAUCCGAACAUCAUCAAGAACACGUGGGACAAGUCGGUCAACAACAUCUGCGCCUCGGCCGCUGCAGCUGCUGCGGCCGCGGCCGCUGCCGACGAGUGCCGCAUGUAUUCCGGGGCGUUGGCCAACUAUGCCGCCGCCGCGGACAACAAUGCCAAUUCGGAGUUCUGUGGCGUGGGCCAGAUAGCGCCGCUGCAGCGCGCCAAGUCGCAGAAGCAGCUCAAUACGGAUCCCACGCUCAUGCAUCGCGCCUCCCAGCUGCUCUCUGCAGGAGCUGGAGCCGCCGGAGCGGCAGCGGCAGCAGCAGCAGCAGCAGCAUCUGCUGGCUCAACCAAAGACUACAGCGCGUCCGGCGCUGGAACGGGCGCCAGCGAGGGCAAGGGCAAGCGCAUCUCGGUGCUGGGCGAGGGCUCCUACUGCAGCCAACGCUGGCCCUCCUUGGCCGCGGCAGGUGUUGCCGGCGCCUGCUCCUCGCAGCUGAUGGCCGCCGCCUCGGCGACGGGCAGCGGUGCGGCGACGACGCAGCGCACCGUGGUCUGUGGUACGCCGCACAUGUAAGCAAAGACUGCCAGCGAGAGAGACAGAGAGAGAGAGGGAGAGCGAGAGAGUGAGAGAGAGAGACGCCAAAUGAGCCGUUUAUGGCUUUGUUGUUGAUUGAAGCAGUGCAGUCGUCAAAAUUGUAACAGGCUUAACUCUACACACACCAACACACACAUACACAUACACCCACCCACACACACAAGCACACACACACCCACACACCCACACUUAUCGAUCAAUUUUAAAACCUUAAAUCGUAAUUAUUAAUUUAA